AUGGGUAAGCAAAUUAAAAGAGAGGGAAACAAGGCUUCUCCCAGAGUAAACAAGCAGACCAUGAGCCCAACGGCAUCUGUAAACAACCAGCCCAUGAGCACAAAAGCAUCUGUAAACAACCAGCCCAUGAGCCCAACGGCAUCUGUAAACAACCAGUCCAUGAGCCCAACGGCAUCUGUAAACAACCAGUCCAUGAGCCCAACGGCAUCUGUAAACAACCAGCCCAUGAGCCCAACGGCAUCUGUAAACAACCAGCCCAUGAGCCCAACGGCAUCUGUAAACAACCAGCCCAUGAGCCCAACAGCAUCUGUAAACAACCAGCCCAUGAGCCCAGCUGCAUUUGUAAACAAACAGCCCAUGAGCCCAGCUGCAUUUGUAAACAAACAGCCCAUGAGCCCAGCUGCAUUUGUAAACAAACAACCUAUAAGCCCAACAGCAUCUGUAAACAAACAGCCCAUGAGCCCAGCUUCAUUUGUAAACAACCAGACCAUGAGCACAACAGCAUCUGUAAACAACCAGACCAUGAGCCCAACAGCAUCUGUAAACAACCAGACCAUGAGCACAACAGCAUCUAUAAACAACCAGCCCAUUAGCCCAACAGCAUCAACAGGAGGAGUGCCUGUUUCCAUAGCAACAGCCACAGCAGAGCAGAGUGACACAGCAUCUGUAAAGAACCAGCCCAUGAGCCCCAGCAGCAUGUGUAAACAACCAGCCCAUGAGCCCAGCAGCAUGUGUAAACAACCAGCCCAUGAGCUCAGCAGCAUGUGUAAACAACCAGCCCAUGAGCUCAGCAGCAUGUGUAAACAACCAGCCCAUGAGCUCAGCAGCAUGUGUAAACAACCAGCCCAUGAGCUCAGCAGCAUGUGUAAACAACCAGCCCAUGAGCUCAGCAGCAUGUGUAAACAACCAGCCCAUGAGCCUCAGCAGCAUGUGUAA